AUGGCCGACGCACUCUGCGGGCCAUCAAAUCCGCUUCAGAACCUGCAGAAACACACGCAGGUCGACCGGACACUCCAGCAAGAUCGCCUCGUCGGGAACAGACAGUCGCCUGCUCAGGGCUUCCGUACCGCCGACCCCCGAGCUGGCGCCCUCGACGCCGACUUCCAUGCCUUUGAGAACUCAGCGCCGAACCCUUUACAAUUCCACCAGCCCGAAAUCUUCCAUUCUCAACACCACGUCCCGUCCGCGCCGGGAGCAUGGGCCGCAGAUUUCCAACGACUCUCGCUCGGCAACCAGUCGCCCGUGCCGGCGCAACAAUUUCGCACCGAAGCUCCGUUGAUCAAGUCCACCCCGCUGGGUGGGUGGCAAAAUGAAUUCUUGCGCCAGCGGUCCAGCGCGAGCACACCUGUCUCUCAAGGAAAGCAAGCAGUGCGGGACCUUCCGCAGAUGAGCAGCAAUACGUUCCAGCCCUCGUUCAUGAACUAUGCCCAGACUCCGUACCAAUCGUACACCACCGGCGGCUUCCAGCAGCAGGAGCCGCAAAUGCAGCAGCCAAGCAUGGCACAAGAGCUUCAAAUCUCCGACGUGGACUUUGAGGCCGCGUUUGCCGAUGCGCUCGCCCACGCCCAGGAAAUGGACCAGGACCGCGCCCACCAGAUCGAGGCCCAACUCCAAUCAGACCCUACAGAUGCCCACCAACUGAGCCAGGGAGAGAAGAUCAAGAUCGGGAGCGACGCGCUCCAUUACGUCGAGAAACACGAACGAACCGCCGAGCCGAACGCACGCGACGCCGACGAACUGGCCCGCACGGCAGGCGAGCUGCUGAACAGCGUGUCACACGACACGAGCGAGAAGUUCCAAAACAGUCAAUUUCUGCAGCUGAUGCGCAAGAUUCGCGACCGCGAGGUCGAGGUCCAAAAUGACGACCUGCAGGAGAAGUCGACGGGGAGGCCGGCAUCAGAGAGCCUCCACGUCGAGCACCAUUCACAGGGUCCUGUCCCCGCGGCAUCGACCGGGAUGGGUACCGAAACGGAUACAACGUCGCACUUUGAAUUCCCCGACAUGGACGCCGUUUAUGCCCCCACGAAUAGUGACGAUAUGUGGACCGAUCACGACGGCGCGUAUGGCUCGCAAGCCGGGGUUGAGUAUGCCGCAAGUGCGGUACACCCCCAACCACAGCAGUCGCCCUACACGUCGUACGGGUUCGACGAUGACCAGUACCCGCACACUCAGAUGGAGGCACUGCACCCGGGCGGGAGGUACUAUCCCGACCAGAGUCCCCAGCUGCAGAAGGCGGCCGUGGCCGGAACCGGCUCUUCCGAAGUCGAGAUGAGCGGUGCUGUGCCCCCAGUCACCGGCGGUGGCAGUGUAGUCGAGGACGGAGCCACGCUAGAAAAGCGCAUCUCCGCCAGUGAUUUCGAGUACGUCGAUCAAAGUGCCGGAUUAGCACGACGGUUCGCGAGGCAGGAAAUGAGCUUCUAA